GUGGAUUGAUUGCUGUAAUGUGUGUGUGGUAGUGUAGUAAUGUGGGUCUGGUUGAGAGCUUGAGAGAAUUUGUUCUCCUGUUUGCAUAUGUGUUCUUCCUGGUGUCGAGCAAGGCUCCCCACGUGACACUGGCAUAAGUCCCAAACCAGCAGAAGACUACCAAGUGACCACCACCAAGUGAAGGAACUUGAAAUUAUCCUGGUUCCUCCCUAAUAGAAGAGACUUAGCCUGCCCCCAAUACCAGCGUAUCUGUCUUCACCUCCAAAACUGUGAAGGAAACUCAAGAACACCCAUUAGAAUCUGUAGGCGUGCCUAAACCAAGAAAGAAAUUUUGCAGCACCUAACCUUAAACAUGUCAACUGAAAAGAUGAAUAAAACCCCGCAUAGCAAUUCUGCUCCAGAACUGCCUGAACCACUCAGGGAUCUGAAAAUUAAGUAUACUAAGAUAUUUAUAAAUAAUGAGUGGCACAAUUCAGCUAAUGGCAGAAAAUUUGAAGUCUAUAACCCUGCAACUGGAGAGAAAAUCUGUGAGGUUGAAGAAGGAGACAAGGAGGACAUUGACAAAGCUGUUAAAGCAGCCAGAACAGCUUUUCAGCUUGGGUCUCCAUGGCGCACAAUGGAUGCUUCAGAACGAGGAAGGCUUUUGAAUAAACUGGCUGACUUAAUUGAAAGAGAUCGUCUACUCUUAGCUACCAUGGAAUCCAUUGAUGGUGGAAAACUCUUUUCCUCUUCCUUCCUGAUGGAUUUGGGAGCCUGUAUUAAAACUCUACGCUAUUGUGCAGGCUGGGCUGAUAAAAUUCAAGGUCGUACCAUCCCAAUGGACGGAAAUUUUUUCACAUUUACAAGACAUGAACCAAUUGGUGUAUGUGGCCAAAUUAUUCCUUGGAACUUCCCAUUGGUUAUGUUCACUUGGAAGAUUGCCCCAGCCCUUUGCUGUGGAAACACAGUGGUUGUCAAACCAGCAGAACAAACUCCACUGACUGCUAUUUACAUGGGCUCUUUAAUUAAAGAGGCAGGAUUUCCACCUGGGGUAGUAAAUAUUGUACCAGGUUAUGGACCUACUGCGGGAUCAGCAAUUUCUCACCACAUGGACAUAGAUAAAGUGUCUUUCACAGGCUCCACAGAGGUUGGCAAACUGAUCAAAGAAGCUGCUGGGAGGAGUAAUCUAAAGAGAGUCACCUUGGAACUUGGCGGGAAAAGUCCUAAUAUUAUAUUUGCAGAUGCAGACUUGGACAGUGCUGUAGAGUUUGCGCAUAUUGGUCUGUUCUACCAUCAGGGUCAAUGUUGUAUAGCAGGAUCUAGGAUUUUUGUGGAAGAGCCUAUUUAUGAGGAGUUUGUUCGCAGAAGCAUUGAGCGAGCUAAGAAAAAUGUCCUUGGGAAUCCUCUGUUGCCUGGUAUACAUCAAGGUCCACAGGUUGAUAAGGAGCAGUUUCAUAAAAUCCUUGAACUAAUUGAGAGUGGGAAAAAAGAAGGCGCCAAACUGGAAUGUGGAGGAGGUCCAUGGGGCAACAAAGGUUACUUCAUCCAACCCACAGUUUUCUCUAACGUUACAGAUGAUAUGCGCAUUGCCAAAGAAGAGAUAUUUGGGCCGGUUCAGCAAAUUAUGAAGUUUAAAACUGUAGAUGAAGUUAUCAGGAGAGCAAACAAUACUUCAUAUGGUUUAGCAGCAGCAGUUUUUACCAAAGACAUUGAUAAAGCAUUGACCUUUGCAAGUGCUCUUCAAGCUGGAACUGUGUGGGUUAACUGUUAUAGUGCACUGUCUGCUCAAUGUCCUUUUGGAGGAUUUAAAAUGUCAGGAAAUGGACGAGAACUGGGAGAAUAUGGCCUUCAUGAAUAUACAGAAGUUAAGACUGUCACGAUUAAAAUUCCAGAGAAGAAUUCAUAAUGAUGUUUCAGCUGCAGAAUUUAGUAGCUCCCAAUGCUAAGAAAAUCUACGAAGUCCAACUGUGUUGUGAAAAGUUUUAUAUCCCAAGUUAUUCUUUUUUCUUUCUGUUUGUAAAAGAUGCAUUUGCUUCCAUUAACAUUAUAAAGAACAAUGUAGAAACCUUAAAUAUAAUUAACCAAGAAAGGAAAUUUUAAACGUCUAGUGUGUUGCUAACAAAUUUUGAAAUUCCCAUUGAGAAAGGACUAAUUUUUAUUCUAUAGUGCUAUGAAAAUCUACUUUUUCAUAAUGCAUACUACUUGUACAGUAAGGUUUAGCAUGUUCUUCUAAAUGGUAAACAGUAAGUUGCCUUUACAUUUUUUUUCUCUUUGAAACCUUAAAAAAGCACUUAUAAGUACCUCUUGGUAGAUGCUCUUCUCUGUGUCUUUAGAAAAUUAUUAAUUUCCUCUACAUACUUUUCUGAUAAUGUUGACUUUGUCCCUUAUGUUAAGUACUGCAUAAAAGUAAUUUGGAUGUAAACCUUAUUAAAAUCCAUCUUAAAACCUGAUAA